AGUAGGAUUCUACUAAUAAUAAAUAGUGUACAGUAUAAUAGAAAUAUUAUAGAAUUUUGAUUGGAUAAUGAGAAUCAAAACCAAUUAUUAAUAAUUAAAAACCAUCAUAUGUAAUGAAAUUAAUAAUGUUUUGCUUGUCUGACAGAACAACAGAUAAAAGAAAAGAAAGAAAGAGAGGCUCAAGAGAAAAUGCAGCAAUUACAAAAGGACGCUAAAGAAGAAAGCUGGAAUAAAACACCAACGAUUCCAAACGAGUCACCUCCUGUUCCUACUCAAGCUGUAGCCAGCAGUGCUGUCACAAAACGUGAAUCGCCAAUAAGUGCUGGAGCUUCAGUUGUACUUGAAAAUAGUUUUAGGGCUGGUAAUUUUCAUGCUCGAGGUCACGGAUUGCAAAGUUUAGGUGACAUGAACCAGGAUGAACUUGAGAAAAAAAGAUUGAAAACACUUGAACAUCAGCGUGCGAUUAAAGAACAAGUAGAGGAAAAGAGACGUCUAAAACACGAGGAGAAAGAAAAAAGAAUGAAAGAAGAGGCUGAGAAAGAAAAGGCUCUGGCAGCAGAACGAGAAAGACUUCAAAAACAAUAUAGAGACGAACUUAAACUACGAGAGGAAAAAGAGGAUGAAGCAAGGCGUCGUGCCGAGGCAUUACAAUUAAGUAUUUUACAGGCACAUGAGUCAGCCCAGCAGGAAAAAGCUGCAAAAAGGAUAAAGCACUUGGAGCUACAUGGUCACGAUGUAUCUGGAUUGAAAUCACCUGGUAUUGCCCCGGUGCAGCAACACAUUGUUGCAGAUACCUUGGCUGAGAAUAAGGAGGCAGAUUUCUCUAGUGCAGAUUACAGACUCCAUUACAGUCAGCCCAGUCCAAGGGGAACACAGCACAAGGAAGCACCGGCUAAAGCAGAUGACAGACACGAACAGAAGGCUUCAUUUGAAUCAGAGUUAAAAGAAAUAAGCUCAAAAAUGUCCCUGGAAUCAGAAUGGGCAACUUCAUCCCCUGUUUCCUCUCUACGAAACAAUUCUCAAGCGAAGUCACACUUGAAGUCUUCCCCAUCACCUGGCAAUGACGCAGGACACGUAAAAACCAGGUCAAGGUCGGAGAGAAGUCAAAGGAAGAAGCAAACAUUUAAACAACGAAACAAGCGACAGUCUUCAUUGGAAAACGUCAAGUAUGGCCGUGAUAGCCGACAUCCUGAAGAGGAAACAGGGAGCGUGUCAGCAGUUCCCCCUCGUAUAGAGGAUGCCUUCAUGAUACCUUACACCAGAACGUCCAGUGCUACAUUCUCUGCCGUUCCUGGUACUCCCUCAACUCCUGAAGGUGAUACUGUUGGUUCCCGUAAAGAUCUGGCCACUGUAAACAGAAAUAAACCAGCACUUAAGAAACCACACUCAAUGGUCACUCAAGCGAACCGAACUACAGCAACGAGCCUCAGCCAAAAAACCCUUGGAAGGCAACCUGUUAAAAGGGAUAAUAAGGUAGAAAAACCGUCAGGGAGUCCCAGAGGUACACAAAGGCUGGCUAAACAAGAUCCUAAAAAGAGCGAUCUUUCUAGAACGGUUGAAAUACGGAAAGAUAAACACGAUAAAGCAAAGACACAAGAAAACUCUGAUGUGUAUUCAGUGCAGGCUUCCCCAGACCGCUUGCCAACAGCACGCCAAGAGAUGAUUCUACAACAGCUUGCAGCACUUAGACAGGGGUUAAUGUUGAAAGAACGAGAACUCCAUCAAGGUGCUUUGUAAAGAGCAGACUGUACAACUAGGAAAAAGCAACUCGACUCAAGCGUAAUGCAAGCCAAUAAUCCACAGUCAAUAGCACAAUCAGACAACAUGCAAGUGUUCUUCAAAGAAGCGCCCACUCCUUAAUAGCUCCCCCCCUCGCCUCUGCUGUCCAAUGAGAGCCCAAUCUUCGGGUAUCAUAGAAAAUAUACGCCUCGUCUCCAUUUCCUCGUUUUUCUUUACGUCUCAGUUACGAGAUCGAAAGGAUUUUGAAACAUUUGGACAGAUAUCAAAAAGUAAUGAAAUCCGGUUGUGUCGUCAACCCUCAAGUACUCUACUGCAAGAUAUCAAAACUUGAAAAUAGCCUUCGGAUUCCAUGUGCUUGCAGAGUUCGUGCUAUCUGUUCUGCUCUUUGAAAACGCUGUAAACUUGUAAUGCGCAAGUAAGAAUUCAGCUUUAGGAUCCGUGCAACAUGUUCUGUGUCUUUUGCUACAAACGCUUAACUGAAAAAAAGGCUCCAACUGGUUCACGUUAAUAGUUCCCCCUCGUUAAGUUCUUUGCUGUCGUCCUUGGAAUAAGUGCUCCUCCUCUUUACCCAAGGUUUUGCUUGAGAGAACAUUUUU